ACCUGCUUCAGAGCGUCUGGUCGGCCGCCUCGGAGAGCUAUGGCGGGGAAGCGGCCGCUAGUAGUCUUGUUCGACCUGGGCGGCGUCCUUUUGGGUAGCAGUCAGAUACUUUUCCGAAAUCUGGAGAAGACUUUGGGCCUACCUGGAGAUUUCUUUCAAAAAGUCAUUCGGCAUGGUGGCUCUGAUGGACCUUUCUCAAAAGGGAUGACUGGACAGAUUGGAUUAACUCAGCUUAUUGCUGAGUUUGAAGAUGAUUGCAAGAAAGUUUCUUCUAUUUCUAAUAUCCCCCUCCCUGAAAACUUCUCAUUGGGCGAGAACUUUGUCGAAAUGAUGGCGAAAAGUGGCUUUAGUGUACCCUUCCUGAAGGCUGCUAUGCUUCUCAAGAAAAAUGGUUUCAGAAUUGCUGUCCUGACAAAUAACUGGAUUGAUGAUACUCCUAGCAGGCAUCACACAGGGUUUGCCUUAUGUCUGCUGAGGAAAUAUUUUGACAAGGUGAUAGAGUCAUGUCGGAUUGGCCUGCAGAAACCAGAUCCCAAGAUUUAUGAGUAUACAUUACAUGAACUGAAGGCAACGCCUGAGGAGGUUAUUUUUCUGGAUGACAUUGGUGCAAACUUAAAGCCUGCUCAGAAGAUGGGGAUGACAACAAUCCUGGUGAAAGAUGCUGAUUCUGCUUUGAAGCAGCUUCAAGAUCUGACUGGGGUUCAGCUUCUUGACCAGGAAGAAUAUUUUCCUUCAGCAUGCGAGCCCCAGGAUGUAGCCCACGGAUUUGUAAAAAUCAAGCCCGACACAGAGUUGCACUUUGUGGAGAUGGGGAGUGGUCCAGUGAUUUGCCUCUGCCAUGGAUUUCCAGAGUCCUGGUUUUCUUGGAGGUUCCAGAUUCCUGCCCUUGCUGAUGCUGGCUUCCGUGUCAUUGCCUUGCAAAUGAAAGGCUAUGGAGAUUCUGUGGGUCCACCAGAUAUAGAAGCAUAUUCUCAGGAAGAAAUUUGUAAGGAUUUGGUGAUCUUUCUGGACAAAAUGAGCAUUGUUCAGGCUACAUUCAUUGGUCAUGAUUGGGGUGGUGCCACAGUGUGGAAUAUGGCUCUCUUUUACCCAGAACGGGUCAAGGCAGUGGCUGGAAUAAAUACACCCUAUUCACCUUCAAAGCCUGGUGUGGAUAUUAUAAAAAUGCUGGAAGCCAUUCCUGUAUUUGAUUAUCAGUUCUACUUCCAAGAACUAGGAGUUGCAGAGGCUGAACUGGAAAAAGAUAUAAACCGAACUUUGAAGAUUGUGAUCCGAUCUAGCAGGAAGGAGGAUAAAAUCGAAGGACCUUCUCUUAGUACAAUUGGAGUUAGGAAGCGAGGAGGGCUGCUUGUGGGACUUCCUGAAGAGCCACCUCCAACUUCUCUUCUUCCAGAGCCAAUCCUCCAAUGCUAUGUACAACAAUAUCAAAAAUCUGGAUUUAGAUCUCAUUCAUCUCUAAAUCCACAGAUCACAGUUCCUGCCCUGAUGGUCACUGCUGGAAAAGAUAGAGUUCUCAGUCCAGAAAUGAGCAUGCACAUGGAGAACUGGAUUCCACAAUUGACUCGUAGUCAUAUUGAAGAAUGUGGGCAUUUCACACAAAUGGAGAGGCCUGCAGCUUUGAACAAAAUCCUGAUCGAAUGGCUGGAAGAUGUUCACAAAAAUGCUUCGCUGCAAACAACUGCCAAGCUUUGAAAACAACUUCAGCCCCCAUAUUGGCUGAACCAUUAGCCAAUUCAUUUACGGAAGGAGGAAAGAAUUCAUAAGAUAAUUGGUUAUGGAGCUCUCAUGGUGCUUUGGGAAUUAAAAUAGAGAAUUUUUAGUUGAUGUUUGAAAAAUUCAAUGCGUUAGAAGGGAUGGACUUUAAAAAAAUAGCCUAAACAGAAUGCUGAAAAUGUAACUAUGCUGAGAUUAUGCUAUCCUUUGAUCUUUAUAUUUUUGAUUAUUUUGAUGUAAGAAAAUUCUUAAUGGCCAAAGUAUUCACACCUCGUUUGGAUCAUGAUUUAUUUAAGCAGAGUUUACUGAAUGAAUCACAAUUGGAUGGGCUUAUAUAGCAUAUUAUUAUGUCCAAACCAAACAGUACUGCUCUUUAACACAAUUUAAGACCUGAAGUGGCACAGUGGU